UACUAUGGCGGCCGCCCACACUGCAGGUACCGAUGGAAUAACAAAAGUUUUGGAAAGUAUAUGUCUAGAAAGACGAAGAGAGAAUCCUGAUAAAGAGAGUGAAGCAGAAGGUUUUAUUGUCUUGGCUAUUGAGUCUUUUUGGACAAGGCUAUUCUUGCAGUACUUUGUUUGUUCUGAAGAUGAAACAAGAGAUGACCUUCUUUUCUAUGUGAGAGGAAAAAGUUCAAAUAAAGAUGGAAAAGUUGUUAAAAAUCCUCAAGAGUCAAAAAUAGCUGUGUUCAGAAAAGACUCAAAAGUUCUUCCAAGCUUGGGUGACCCAGGAAUUGACUGGGAAGAGUCUGUUUAUCUCAACCUAAUUCUGCAUCAAUUUGAAUACACACUAACAUGUGCAAUAUGCACAAAGCCUCAGGAGAAAGAAAUGAGAGUACUCAGUAGAAUAUCACAGAAGGUGUAUGCUUCACCUAAUAGAAGGAGAAUGGAUACAAAAGGAAGUUCUGCUGAGAUUUCAUACCCUAACAUAUUUUUUAUUCUGGACAAUUUUGAAGAGACAUUCCGAGACUUUGCACUACAAGAAAAUGAGAUGGUUUGUGUGGAAUUGGUUGCGAAAGAUAAGACUGAGUCAGUGGAAGGAGUUAUCUUUCUGGGAUCCAUAAGAUAUGAAUCACUUAAAAAAGUUUAUGAUGGGAGAGCUAGUGUAGCCAGUAAGGUUGCUCGUAAAGUUUCAAUGGGUUGGUGGAAAGGUCCAGCUAAUGUGGAGUUCAUCAAGAUGAAAGGUCCAGGUGGAAAAGGCCAUGCAGAGAUGGCAAUCACACAACACAGAGGAUUAGAGGACAGAAGUGGUUUAGAGGACCCUGAAGAUAGUGAUUGGAGAAUGUGUGCUGAGUGUGGAAAUACAACUUUUUCCUCUUCAACUUUUUCCUCGUCCACUGAUCACCAAGUAUCAGUUCAAGAUGAAAAAUGCUACAAUUGUGGUGUAGAGUCCAGAUGGACAACAGAUAUUGAUAGUUCAAAAUAUACUGAUAGUCAAGACAAAAAGAAAAAAGCAGGUCUACUGUCAUCAUCUCAGCACUGGGUGAAAUUCAGAAAAAAAUCCCUUAGCAGUGUUGCACUCUCUGCAUAUUUAACAUAUGUGACACUACCAUGGAAUAAAAUUAUGAAAGAUAUUUUGGAAGUGAGGCAACCUCCUAUAUUAUCAUAGUAUUAAAUCAAAUAAAUCAGUCAUAUGGUUUAUGUACACAAAUUCUGAAUUAUAUAUCUACAUGUAUUGACAAACACAGUUACCACUGUUGACACAGUAAACUAUUGCUGAAGGCACUUUUAAGUUAUAAUUUUCCAGAACAUGCAUCAAUUUUCCAACAAAAGAAUCUGUAUAUGUGUUUUAAUGAAGGUAUUCGAAAACAAUUGUAUAAGUCUGCCAUAUUGUUAGUUAAAUCCUCUGAAAUGGGGCACAUGUUUUGCAAGUAGUCCAUAGUAUGUUUGUUGGCAGCUUAAAUUGCAUAUUUGUGGAUGCAUCUACAACUCCUUCAGUUGCUUGUUAUUGAAAAGUAUGUUGGAUCAUUAAAAAAAUAUAUAAUUAUGUAUAGAAAGAAAUCAAUAUUUUUUAUAUGGAUUGCAAGCAUCUGAUGACUAUCUUGGUAUCUACCUCUAUUUAUGUGCCUAGAAUGCAAAUCAGAAAAUGCUGUAUGUGCAUUCAUUGAUUUUUGAGAACUAGAUAAGUACAGCGUGAGGAACAUAAAGAGAUAGCAUUUGCAGAAACAUAAGGGUAGUUUUGACCCUUUACACCCUAACAUUGAUGCAGUCGAACCUCGAUUAUCCGGACCUUGAUUAUCUGGACUAUUCGAUUAUC